AUGUCUCCCAUCACUCCAGGAUCCAGCACGUCGGGCUUCUUCCAGACGCCGCCCAAGAUCGCCAACCAGUUCCGUGAGGACCAGGCGUUGAACCGUUCGAUGGCCAUGUUUCUCGCGCCUGAGACGCGCGCGCGCAUCGCGCCAGACCUCGACCGCCUCGGUGACCUGGUCCUCACAGACCGGAUCCACAACUACAUCAACGAUGCCGAGUCCAAUUCGCCCAAACUCAGAGGAAACGGGUACACAAUGUGGGGUGCGAGUCAGGACGCCAACACUCUGGUAACUGCCGCUGGGUGGAAGGAACUUCUCCGCACGGCUCGCGAGGAGAGUAUUGUCAACACGGCGUACGACGCCGAGCUCGGUCCCGACGCGCGAGUCGUCCAGGCAGCCAAGAUUAAUUUGUGGUGCGCGUCGUCGGCCAUGACUGCCUGUCCGUCCGGAAUGCAGGAUGGCGGCGCUAGUAUUGUGAUCAACGACCUCGCCCGGCCCGCGUCGGAUAGGUAUCCCGAGGACGUCAAGCCGUUCCGCAAGAUGGCGCUCGAGAAAGCUCUGGAGCGCCUGCUGAGUCGCGAUCCAGAGUGGGGAUGGACUUCAGGCCAGUGGAUGACGGAGCGCCGUGGUGGAUCCGACGUCAAGGGGACCGAGACGGUUGCUACGUGGGUUGGAAUGGGCGACGGCGUCGAGACCGACCUCAACGGCGUGCCGCUUGGUCCGUACAGUAUUUCGGGAUUCAAGUGGUUCGCAUCGGCGACCGACUGUGGCUGUUCCAUCCUCCUGGCGUACACCGACGCCGGUCUUAGCUGCUUCUACGCACCGACCCGCCGUCUCCGCGACGGUAAGGAAGUCAUGAACGGUCUCCGUAUCAUGCGCGUCAAGCAAAAGCUGGGCACACACGCCCUCCCCAGUUCCGAGAUUGAGCUCAAGGACAUGCGCGGCUGGCUUAUUGGUGACGAGGGCCGCGGUGUGGCUGUCAUUGCCAAGUUACUCAACAUUACGCGUUUCCACAAUGCCGCCCGCUCCAACGGAUACCUCGGUCGCGGUCUUGGUGCCGCUCGCGCCUUUGCUCGCCUUCGCACUUUCCCCUCGCGCCAGGCGCCCAACAAUGUCCUCAAGCAGAUUCCGCUCUUCUGCCACUCGUUGUCCAAGGUGACAAUCCGCCACCGUGCCGACACAUUCUUCACCAUGUUCCUGGCUGCCCUCCUCGGCGCCGACGUCACCAAGACUUACACGGCCCCCGUGAUUCCGAAGGGCGAGGACGCCGAACUCCUCCUCCGCCUCCUCACAUCCGUGGCCAAGGCCUACAACACCAAACACUGCGUCAUCGGUCUUCAAGAGUGCAUGGAAUCCCUCGGUGGUGUCGGAUACAUUGAGAAUAACGAGACGCCCCAAUUCAACAUCGCCCGCCUGUUCCGCGACUCAAACGUCAUGCCCAUCUGGGAAGGCACGACCGACGUCCUUUCCACCGACACAGUCAAGGUUCUUCGCGGCAAGGUUGGGCCUGGCUGCACGGCCGCUCUGGACCGGUGGCUCCGUGCCAACCUCUCUGGUUCGGGGUUCAAGGUCGAGCGCGAUGCCAUCCAAGCUGCGUGGAAUGAGGCCCUGGCUUGGCCCACGGACAAGGAGGAGCUUCUGCACGAGGCGCGCGAGGUCGUCGAGACUAUUGGAAACAUUGUCUGCUCGAUGCUGCUCGUCAUCGAUGCCGAGCGGGAUGGAAACGACGUGGCAGCCGAGAUUGCCCGCCGCUUCACCCGCCAGUCGUUUGGUCUCAAGCCCCCCCGCGCGAAUUGGGAAGAGACGCACCGCAUGGACCAGCGGAUUGCAUUCGAGGCCGACGCCGACUCGGGCCGGCUCGAGCGUGCGCGCCUCUAA